UUCUUUUUCUCUCUCGCUAUAUCAUCACACACAUUCUCAAUCACUUUGACGCCUCCCCUCCCUUUCUCCAUUCAAAGUCUUUCCAUUCACCUCUUUUCCCAUUCCUCUUUCCUUACCACCUCAAAGGAAUUACCAAAGACCCCUUUCCCCUUAUUCCCUCUUCUUUUCCCCCCUAAAAAACCCCCCCAUUUUCCUCCAAUUAGUUUCCCACAAAGAUUUUUCCAAAUCAAAAACACAUCUUCUACCUCUCUGUUUUCCUCUGCAGAUCUUCUUCUCUUUCGGGUGUUUCGCGACACAAAAGUUCCAACUUUGGUACUUUUCUACCUUGUUUGAGUUUGAUUGGAUAUGGGUUUUUCAAAGAAGCAUCAAGUGGUGGACAUAGGCCUGGAGACAGAAGGCAAGAAAUGGGUGAUUGCCGGAAUCGCAGUACGCGGUCCGAUGAGGCCGAUAAAGAUGAAGCCAAAGGAAAGGGAGUGUGGUUAUGAAAGCGAUGAAUCGAGUUCGACGACUCCAAAGGCGAAAGAAUCGAAAAUACCGGAGAGGCUGUCGUGCCCUCCGGCCCCACGGAAGCGCCGCCCUUCGUCAACUUGCCAUUUCAAUGGCGCUAGGGAGUUCUUUAACCCUCCGGAUUUGGAGUCGGUGUUUAUUAGACAUGUUGAGAGAGCAAAUUGAGUUCUUUAGGGGAUUUAUUAGUUUCAAUUUAGUUUGUUGUCUUUUGGGUUUUGGUGUUGUUUUCUUGGUUGCUCUCUGUUGUAGAAGUAGUAAUAGUAGUAGUAGGGUAAUAGUAGCUUUGAUGGAAUGAGGGUGUACAAUUGUAAUAUAUUUAUGAAAUGGGUAUAGUAGUCCAGUUUAGCUAA